AUGAAACCUGCGGUUUUGUUUUCGGGUGCCCUUGCGGCAUUCGUUCAAACAACCAUCGCCGUCACUGGCGCUGCUGAGGGUUUCGCGAAGGGCGUCACUGGCGGUGGCUCUGCUACUGCCGUGUAUCCCACAACCACGGCUGAGCUAGUUUCGUACCUCGGUGACUCUCAGGCCCGCGUCAUCUAUCUUCAGAAGACGUUCGAUUUUACUGGAACCGAAGGCACAUCGACGGAAACAGGAUGCGCUCCUUGGGGAACGUCUUCUGCAUGCCAGACGGCCAUUAACCUGAACAGCUGGUGUGAUAACUAUCAACCGGAUGCUCCCAAGGUUAGCGUGUCAUAUGACAAGGCCGGUAUUCUCGGAAUUACAGUCAAAUCGAACAAGUCCAUUAUCGGCGUUGGAAGCGCAGGCAUCAUCAAGGGUAAAGGUCUCCGCCUUGUGAGCGGUGUAAGCAAUAUCAUUAUCCAAAACAUUCACAUUACCAACCUCAACCCAAAAUAUGUUUGGGGCGGCGAUGCUAUUACCUUGGAUAACGUUGACAUGGUAUGGAUCGAUCAUGUCACAACAUCACUCAUUGGCCGUCAACACAUUGUGCUUGGAAACAACGCAAGCAACCGAGUGACAAUCUCGAAUUGCAAGAUCGAUGGGACCACCUCUUGGUCCGCAACCUGCAAUGGCUAUCACUACUGGGGAAUUUAUUUUGCUGGUUCAAGCGAUUUGGUAACAUUCAAGAACAACUAUGUCUACCACACCUCCGGUCGAUCGCCCAAGGUCGCUGGCAACACCUUGCUUCAUGCCGUUAACAACUACUGGUAUGACAACCCAGGCCAUGCUUUUGAGGUUGAUUCGGGCGGCAUGGUAGUCGCUGAAGGAAAUGUCUUUCAAAACGUCGCUGCCCCUGUUGAGUCCGGAUAUGCAGGCAAGUUGUUCAGCAGCCCCAGCGCGAGUGCCAACGCCGUAUGCUCGACGUACUUGGGUCACACCUGCGAGGUCAAUGGAUUUGGUAGCUCUGGAAGUUUCAGUGGAACGACUACCGACUUUUUGUCCAAUUUUAAUGGCAAGAACGUUGCUAGCGCUUCAACAUACAGUGCAGCUAAGGCGGUUCAGAGCACAGCUGGCUUUGGUACUAUCUAG